AUGAACCCUAUUCCAGAACUCACCCCGCAACUGAAGCAGUUACGCCUAUCGGGCAUGCUCGACUCGAUCGAGGCGCGCAAUCGCCAAGCCAUCGAAGCGAAGAUGCCCUACACCGACUUCCUGGCCUUACUCAUCGGCGAUGAGGUGGCUCGGCGCGAACAACGCAAGUUCAGCCUGCGCCAGCGCCGCGCCAACUUCCGCACCACCAAGACGCUGGAGCAAUUCGACUUCGACCGGCUGCCUCAACUGAACCGAACGCUCAUCAACGACUUAGCCGCCGGGCGCUACCUGAGCGAGGCGGCCCCCAUUCUGAUCGUGGGUCCCAGCGGCACUGGCAAGUCUCAUUUAGCUCAGGCGCUGGGCCAGUGCGCUAUUCGCCAAGGCGUUGAUGUGGUGUUCAACACCUGCACCCAGCUAACCACCAUACUCAAUGCGGCGCGCGCUAACGGCGCUUAUCAGCGUAAGCUGACUGCGCUGGCGCGCGUACCCCUGAUGAUCAUUGAUGACUUCGGACUCAAACCGCUCCGACCACCCGCCGACGAAGAUCUCCAUGAUCUCAUCGCCGAGCGCUACGAAUCGACUGCCACCAUCGUCACCAGCAACCUGGACUUCUCCGAAUGGGAUCAGGCAUUCCCGGCAAACAAACUGCUGGCAUCGGCGACGCUGGAUCGACUGCGUCACAACGCCUACUGCCUGACCCUGGAUGGUCAGUCAUAUCGUUCGCCAAAGUUAGCACCUAAAGCACAACCUACCAGCCUUGCUAAAAAGCGCAAACCCGACGAAGAUUAA